AUGGAGCCGAAGGGGUCCCAACUGCGGCGAAGAGAAGGGGUGGGGGAGGAGCAGCAGAAGGGAGUCUCUGGGGAAGGAAACAUCAAGACGCACAGAACCCCAGACUUGGUGCAAUGGACCCGACAUGUGGAGGCUGUGAAGACCCAGGUUCUGGAGCAAGCCCAGAGACAGCUGGCGGAGCUGCUGGAUCAGGCCAUGUGGGAGGCUGUGCAAGCUUACCCCCAAGACAGACCAGUACCCUCCACUGCCCCAGAUACCACAAGCAAGACCCGGGAAUUACCCCAUGCGAAACGGAAAGUUUUCAUCACCCGAAAGUCACUGCUCGAUGAGCUGAUGGAGGUGCAGCAUUUCCGAACCAUCUACCACAUGUUCAUCGCGGGUUUAUGUGUCUUGAUCAUCAGUACCCUGGCCAUUGACUUCAUUGAUGAGGGCAGGCUGAUGCUGGAGUUUGACCUACUCAUCUUCAGCUUCGGACAGCUGCCCUUGGCGCUGAUGACGUGGGUUCCCAUGUUCCUGUCCACUCUGCUAGUGCCCUACCAGACCCUAUGGCUCUGGGCCAGGCCGAGAGCCGGGGGCACCUGGAUGCUGGGGGCUGGCCUGGGCUGUGUUCUGCUGGCUGGUCAUGCAGCGAUGCUCUGCGUCCUCCCAGUCCACAUAGCGGUGAAGCAUCAGCUUCCGCCCGCCUCAAGAUGCGUGCUGGUCUUUGAGCAGGUCCGGUUCCUGAUGAAAAGCUACUCCUUCUUGAGAGAGACUGUACCUGGGAUCCUUUGUGUCAGAGGUGAGGGUAUCAGUGCACCUAGUUUCUCCAGCUACCUCUACUUCCUCUUCUGCCCUACCCUCAUCUACAGAGAGACAUACCCCAGGACACCCAGCAUCAGGUGGAACUAUGUGGCCAAGAACUUUGCCCAGGCCCUGGCCUGCGUGCUCUACGCCUGCUUCAUCCUGGGCCGCCUCUGUGUCCCCGUCUUUGCCAACAUGAGCCGGGAACCCUUCAGCACCCGUGCCCUGCUGCGCUCAGUCCUGCACGCCACAGGCCCAGGCAUCUUCAUGCUGCUCCUCAUCUUCUUCGCCUUCCUGCAUUGCUGGCUCAACGCCUUCGCCGAGAUGCUGCGGUUUGGAGACAGGAUGUUCUACCGGGACUGGUGGAACUCUACUUCCUUCUCCAACUACUACCGCACCUGGAACGUGGUGGUCCAUGACUGGCUGUAUAGUUACGUGUAUCAAGAUGGGCUGUGGCUCUUGGGCAGGCGGGCCCGUGGGGCGGCCAUGCUGGGAGUGUUCCUGGUGUCUGCAGUUGUGCAUGAAUACAUCUUCUGCUUCGUCCUGGGGUUCUUCUACCCGGUUAUGCUGAUGCUCUUCCUCGUGGUCGGGGGGCUGCUGAACUUCACCAUGAACGACAGGCACACAGGUCCAGCCUGGAACAUCCUGAUGUGGACCUUGCUCUUCCUGGGCCAGGGCAUCCAGGUCAGCCUAUACUGCCAGGAGUGGUAUGCUCGGCGACACUGUCCCUUGCCCCAGACAACAUUCUGGGGGCUGGUGACACCUCGAUCUUGGUCCUGCCAUCCCUAGAAGUCAAGGCACCAUACUGCCCGGAUAACGGUUGAUUCUUCUCUAUCUGCAAAGCCCAGGGCCAGGGCUCCUCCUCACGGCACUCCCUACCCCAUUUGGAGUCAGGGACUUACUACACACAGGACCUGCCAGGGGCUAGAGGGACUCAGGUACACACCUCUGCAGGCAGCUGACCACGGACUCAGCAUGGGGUGACUCGAGCACCGCUCUCUGUGGACUGGGCACAGGAGACCUUCUUACCCAGGGCUCUCCAGAUGUGAGGAGACCCAGAGGAACGAAGGCCACCAAAGUCUGAGAACUGCCUGGUUCUCCUUCUCCUCCCAUGCAACAAUAAAAUCUUUGUCUCCCUUUUCA